AACUACUCUCUCUCUCUCUCUCUCUCUCUCUCUCUCUCUCUCUCUAAAUUCAAACAUACCAGGAACCAUUUGCUACAAUUGUCUCGGAGUUCACUUCCUCUUGAAUAUUUGUCUUACUAUAAGACUGACAAAGUCAUAGUUUCUGGGUUUUUCUCCUCUGGUUUUUGCUCAGUUGAAGUAAAGGUGGCUCCUUUGACACUCAUGGGAUCUCUUGUUCACACUCUUUCCUAUAUUUCGAGCAUUCCUUCUGAAAACAGUGGAAAAAGCAGAGGACCCAUUUCACUCUUUCCCAGAGCUAUUGGUUGUAAAUUUCAAAGGAGCAUUUCCAAAAUUUUAGCAGUGAGAAAUGUCUCUGCCCCUUCUAGUGAGAGAGAGAGUGUUUUCACGCUACCCCAAUGGAGAUUCAGAAAGAAUGACCAGAAAACCAAAGAUCUCAGAAUGAAUGAUGCCUUCCUCUAUCUGGAAUACAUGUAUGGUAAAGGACACAGACCUGAUAUGGCUCAGAGUACACAACUCUUAUAUGACCUUUGCAAGUCCAAUAAGAUCAGAAAAGCAGUAAGGGUCAUGGAAAUAAUAGUGGGUUCAGGCCAAGUUCCUGAUAUAGCUACUUACACUUAUCUGGUUAACCAGUUGUGCAAGAAAGGGAACAUAGGCUAUGCCAUGCAAUUAGUUGAGAAAAUGGACCAAUAUGGGUUACCCCCAAAUACUGUCACAUAUAAUUCUCUGGUUCGAGGUCUAUGUAUCCAUGGAAAUUUGCAGCAAAGCCUGCAACUUUUGGAAAAAUUGAUGCAGAAGGGGCUCACCCCAAAUGUAUUCACUUAUUCUUUCUUGCUUGAAGCUGCUUAUAAAGAACAAGGGGUUGAUGAAGCCAUGAAGUUAUUGGAUGAUAUCAUGAUGAAAGGUGGGAAGCCUAAUGUGGUUGCCUAUAAUGUUUUGCUAACUGGGUUGUGUAAAGAAGGGAGGAUAGAAGAAGGGAUUAAGUUUUUCAGGAACCUGCCAUCAAAGGGAUUCAGCCCAAAUGUGGUCACAUAUAACAUUUUAUUAAGGAGUUUGUGUUUUGCGGGGAGGUGGGAGGAGGCUGAGGAGCUUUUGGCUGAGAUGGGUAGUAACAAUUGCAGCCCAACUAUUGUUACGUAUAAUAUCUUGAUUGGUUCUCUCUCUCUACACUUGAGAACUGAUCAAGCGAUAGAGAUCUUGAGAGAGACGAUUCGAAAUGGAUUUAGACCCACAGCUGCUAGCUACAACCCGAUAGUAGCAAGUUUUUGCAGAGAAGGAAAAGUUGAUCAAGUGAGAGAGAUUCUUGAUGAGAUGGUUCUUAGACGAUGCAGCCCUAAUGAAGGUACUUAUAAUGCACUUGCACUUAUUUGUAGAAAUGGAAGGGUUGGUGAGGCUUUUUCUAUGAUUCAGAACUUGGGUAGUAAGCAAAAUGCUUCAAUGCAUGAGUUCUACCAGAAUGUGAUUGCUAGCUUGUGUAGAAAGGGGAACACUUUGCCAGCUUUUCAGCUAUUGAAUGAGAUGACCAUGAAUGGGUUCACCCCUGAUACUUACACUAACUCUUCUUUGAUCAGGGGUCUUUGUUUGGAAGGCAUGUUGGACGAGGCUAUGGAGCUUUUCACAGUUAUGGAAGAGAACAAUUUCAGGCCUGAAGUGGAUAAUUAUAAUGCUCUUAUACUUGGCUUAUGCAAGGCUCAAAGAACUGAUCUUUCUGUUGAUGUAUUGGAAGGCAUGGUGCAAAAAGGUUUUAUCCCUAAUGAGACGACAUAUACUAUUCUUAUUGAAGGGAUUGCUCAUCAAAAUGAGAUAGAAUUGGCUUCAAAAGUUUUGCAUGAGUUGUACUCGAGACAAGUAGUGAGCCAUAAUUCAAUGGAGAGGCUCAUGUUGCAAUAUGACAUGGAUUAAUUAUUUGUUAAGAAAGAAGGUGAGGCAGUGUGAUUUCUGAGAUUGUAACUUCUUUCCCAUUUGAUGCCAAAGAAAGGAACCUAUUCAAUUGAAAUAGGCUUUGGGGUCUUGGUCACUUCAAAAACAGCAUUGGGGAAGAAAACAAAUGGGGUAUGUGGAUCACAAUGAGAAUGAGCUAUUUUUGAAGCCUCUGUAGAAAAGAACAACAGGAGCGGACUUGAAGGUGAAGAUUUAUUUGAUCUGUAAGAAGCCUUUCUGUUAAGUAUUUCAUUUCUGAUGAUAAUGAGCCCUGGCUCAACCAUUGCUGCCACACUCAAGACUCCAUUUUUCAACCAUCGAGGGCCCAAAAAUAAUCUGCAAAUCCAUCUUCAUCACAGUCAUAUGAUUUCGGAGCUUCCAAAGAGCUCUGAACCUGAUCGAUCUACUCUCCAUUGGAGUGAAUGGUUAUGUUCAGAUCGCAAUCUACAUGAGGCAUUUUUAGGGCCUUAAGCCCUUUUAUUUGAAGCAGAUUGAUCUUGGAGACUGAGUGGAUUCAGAGUUACUUGGGUUCAAAUCCAUUUGGAAACGUGGAGGAUUGAGGUGUGUCAGCAUGGGUUUGUGUAGUCACUGCAAUGCCAAAUGGUUUAAGGAACAUGAUUCGCUUAAUCACCAAUAUCACUUGAUGGAAAAGGGUGAAUUUGGAGCUCUGUAAUGCUCAAUCUCUGCUGCUCAUCUCUUUUGAGAUAAGUGUCCAUUUCAAUGGAUGGUAGAGCAUCCGAUAUGGAGCAAUUUUCUGUUAAAGAUAAUAAUUUACCACUGUUUUCCUGGGUCCUAAAACUUUGGAGAAAGAUUGAGAUUGAGAGAUGUGGGCUCGAGUUUAUGGUUGCAGCUUGCAUGCACCAUACAUCCUUUAUUUAGGCACUGUUUGAUUUCAGAUUUCGUUAGAAUGUUGUUCUUCGUUUCUAAUUGCAAUUAACGAAAUGGCAAUCUGGCCAAUUA